AUGGACAGGAAAGGCGCCGAAACAGCUCUCCGACCAGAGAAUGUAGGGCUGGAGCGGCGAGGAUUGGGGCCGAGAGAGCUCCGUCCGGCCUGGCUUAGGCUGGGUCGGGCGGGCAAGACUUGGGGAGGAAGGGAGGGGGCGAGAGGGGGCAAGGAUCACAGACUGGAUAGAGGCUGUAUGGCUCUGACCUUUUGGUCGGGCUUGAUAACUACCCUCAACCCGAUGCCCACACUUUUCUACGAGAACCGUCAUGGCGCAAUCCGGCGUGAGGAGGAGUACGAACAAGUACAAUUCGUGGCGGACUUCCGCGCAGUCGGGACGCGCAUUCUCAUGACCGACCGAAGCCUAGCCGCUAUGGCUUACUUUUUUGUUCAACCGAUGGAGUACAUCCGCGACAACAUCCCCGCGGAGCGCUACACAGCGGUAGAGGUGGCCGAUCCAGCCAUGAUCCGCGACAUCAGGGUCUUUCUGCUUCAUGCGGAGCCCAGGGUCAUCUCAAGCCGGGCGAUACGGGGCGAUGGACAGACAAGAGACGAGGGCGGUGAAAUCGUGAUCAGGAUUUCAGCAGAUAUUAUCGAAGAAGGAGCAGCGGCGUACUUCGACUGGUUGCGGCCAACCUGCGUCGUACGAGGACCAGCGUAUAGGCGAGCGGUCCUCUGCGCGGCAGCAGUUUAUGCCUAUGAAAUGCAGCACUACGCAAGGAUGACCAUGUCCCGCCGUGCCCACCCAUCCUGCCGUAUCUCGUUCCGAACUCCCCCAAAGGUUAAAGCUUUGGGAACGCGGACCCGGACUUUCAAAGUGGAUGGCCAAGAGUGGAGGACAGGGGAGGGGGGAUGGUCAUGGGAGGAAGAGACGAUGGGGGGCAGGCUACUUGGCAUUGAGAGCGCACGGACCACCUCGCCCUUUCGUGGCCAUCUCUGCGCAGUGCGAAUCAUCGGAAUCAAUCCUCCAUUGCUCGGCUCGGAGUAUCGCGUGUCUGACGCAGUCGUAGACUCGAUCGUCCUCGCUCGACCCUUCUGGUGGACGCUUUUACCACUGCCGGCGCGUUACGGCUGGUUUUCCCCUGACCGGGAAGAUCGGCACGGCCGAAUGGACAAUUCUGCAAACCCCCUCGAACGACUUGUCCAUAGUUGCGAGAACUGGGAGGAGCGUCCAGCAGAACCGGAUAUGAAGUGA